AAUUCCCCGUAGAAUAAGUAUGUAGGUAUAUGUAAUAAAUGUGACAGAUGUGAAUUUUGCGUAAUUUCCUAAAUAGCAAUUUCUCUGCAAAAACUCGCAGUUCUGCAAAAUAAUUCACACAUAUUAAUGAUCUACAAAUUACUUUCAAUUGUGCAAUUGGUGGGUGUGAUUGUUUAACAGUGAAUUUUGUUGUAAGAAAAAGAAAACAAACAGAAAAGUUUCUUAGAUGUAGCACGGAGCAGAUUAAUAUUUUGUGCAAAAACAAAACUCAAGAAUUAAGAUGGAAGAUCUCUCCCAGGCGGAUUUUAUUUGCCGUGUUUGUCGCUGCGAAGGGCAAUCGGACAGACCCCUAUUCCAUCCGUGUAUCUGCACGGGCUCCAUCAAGUGGAUACACCAGGAUUGCCUUAUGCAAUGGAUGAGGUACUCCCGGAAGGAAUAUUGUGAACUGUGCGGCCACAGGUUCGGAUGGACACCGAUAUAUUCGCCAGACAUGCCCAGGGUGCUGCCACUCCGGGAUGUAGCUGGUGGCCUUUUGAGCUCCGUGGCAACUGCUGUGAAGUAUUGGUUCCACUAUACACUUGUGGCACUCGCCUGGCUCGGUGUGGUCCCAUUUACUGCAUACAGAACGUACAGAUUCCUCUUUUCCGCCUCAUACGACAUGCUACUCUCGCUGCCCAUCAAUAUGUUCUCAACGGAAAAUAUUGCAGCGGAUGUGUUUAGAGGUUGCUUCGUUGUCACGUGCACACUGUUCUCGUUUAUUGGUUUGGUGUGGCUGCGGGAACAGAUUCUCCAUGGUGGUGGCCCGGAAUGGCUUGAGAGGGAUGAUCCACCGGUUCAGGAACAACCAGAUCCACCACCACCACCAUCAGAGGACGAAGAAGAUGCCAAUCAAGUGGAACAGAAUAACAAUAAUAACAAUAAUAAUGAUGUUCAGCAAAAUCCAGGAGAGAAUUUGCAGCAGGGAAAUCCGGCACCACAACAACCACCACCACAAGUUGUUAAUCCCCCGCAAGUUGCACCAAUUGAUCGACCUAUUGACCGUGCAGAGCCACCAAUUGCUGACCCCGAGGAACCAGAGAUGGCACAAGAAGUUGUUGCAGAUGAAGCCAAUUGGAAUCCCAUGGAAUGGGAUAGAGCAGCUGAGGAGUUAACGUGGGAACGUCUUCUGGGACUCGAUGGAUCGAUGGUGUUCCUUGAGCAUGUUUUCUGGGUAAUCUCCCUCAAUACACUCUUCAUCUUCAUCUUUGCCUUCUGCCCGUAUACAAUUGGCAACGUAACCAUCUACCUGCUUGGUAUUCUGAAGCCCGGAAAGCCACAGAUUCACUUCCACGGGCUCCUUACCACCCUCCUUGGGUACUGCAUCAUUGGGAUAACUCUUGUAAAAUUGCACGCUCUGGCUAAAUUGCUGCGUAUGCGAAAAUCCCGAAGGAUCCUCGGGCUAUGCUACAUUGUUGUGAAGGUUUCUCUUCUGUCUGUGGUUGAAAUUGGUGUCCUACCACUUGUCUGUGGGUGGUGGUUGGACAUUUGCUCCCUCCCCAUGUUCGAUGCUACACUAAAAGAUCGCAAGGCCAGCUUCAAAGCAGCCCCGGGAACUUCAUUGUUUAUCCAUUGGAUGUUUGGAAUGGUAUACGUGUACUACUUUGCCUCUUUCAUCAUUCUCCUGCGUGAGGUUCUCCGACCAGGUGUCCUGUGGUUCCUACGGAAUCUCAAUGAUCCCGAUUUCAGCCCAAUUCAAGAAAUGAUUCAUUUUUCAAUUUUGAGACACAUAAGACGCCUGGUGUCGUCAGCUGUAAUGUUUGGCUCUGCUGUCCUCCUAAUGCUUUGGCUGCCAAUUAGUAUUCUUAAGAAUAUCUGGCCAACUUUUCUCCCCUACACCUUAUCCGGGGAUUCGGAAGUAAAUGAAUUGAGUUUGCAACUUCUUCUAUUGCAAAUUAUCCUUCCAGGAUUCUUUGAACAAUCACAGACACGUAUUUGGCUAAAGGGAUUCAUACGCAUUUGGUGUAAUAUAGUAUCGUGGAUUUUGGGUAUACGAAGUUAUUUGCUUGGUAGUGAAAAUCAUCAACAGAAUAUUGGGAAUGAGGAUCAUCGACAGGCGCCGGAAGGGCAAGGCUUGGGGGCUGCGCAUCAAGCACUUUUACAUCGAGAUGUUCCCGUUGGGAUACAGCCCUAUGAGAGGCCGUCUUAUUUUAUUAUUCGACUCGGUGGUCUUAUUGUAUUUAUGUGCAUAAGUCUCGUUAUUGGAUCUCUUCUCACACUGACGAUCCCCGUGUGGAUUGGGCGGCAGUGCAUGGCUCUGUGGUCAGUGAGUGGGCACAUCUCGUCGCAAGCACCAGCUGCCGAUGAAACGCCCCCGCGUCCCCAUGAACUGUACACAGCUGCCAUGGGGACAUAUCUCUGCUGGAUAAUUUCACGUGGUAUUGCCAUUGCGGUUAAUCUCUUCCCCCAGGGACGUCAGGCGGUAAUGCAGAAGAUUAAGCAUUGGGUAAGCAUUGGGGCAUCCUAUGCAAUGGCUGCGGUGAUCUUUGUGCUGAUGUUUGGUGUUGUUCCCCUUCUCUAUGGGUUACUUUUAGAACUUGUGGUGGUUGUACCACUUCGUGUGCCCCUUGAGCAAACACCAAUUCUCUUCCUUGGGCAAGAUUGGGCACUUGGGGUGCUCUACACAAAAAUCACAUGCGCCCUCACACUCAUGGGUCCUGAUUGGGCACUCAAGCGUGCCAUUGAGCGAGCAUAUCGCGAUGGAUUGCGCGAUAUUGACUUGAAAUUCAUUAUAAGGGACCUGGCAGCGCCUGUGAUAAUGUGCUUUGGGCUUGCCCUUGCCAUCCCAUACGUUCUGGCGCAUUCAAUCCUACCAAUUUUCUUCACCAAUCAACACACAAAGACACUCAUUGCACGACGAAUAUAUCCAUUCUUUCUCAUUAUUGCAAUUAUCAUUGGCAUAAUAAUCUUUCAAAUUCGGCAAUUUAAAAAGCUCUAUGUGGCUAUAAAGAAUGAUAAAUAUCUCGUGGGUCAGCGAUUGGUCAACUAUGAUCAUAGGAAGAGGAAAGCUGAGGCUGCUGCAGCUGCGGCUGCAGCAGCACAAGCACAGAUGAUUUAAACAACAAAAUUAAGGUAGAAACUACAAAAUAUUAAAAAAAAAAAUUGUCUGUUAUACAUUAUUCUGUUAUGCUAAAAUACAAAUUAUGCAAAUUGCUAAAAGAAAAACAUUAAACUUUUCCAAAAAGAGUAAUUUUCAGAGAAAAAAAAUUAUGUAGAAAACAUGUAAAAUUAAUGAGAGAUAUUGUCCAGAAUAAAUUUAAGAAUAUACAUAAAAAAUAAA